AUGUCUUUGUGCGAAGACUGUGGCACUUGGGACCUAGACAAGAAAGGCUCCUUUGAUGUCGUUUUGGGUAAAUAUGAAGAUCUUGUCACCAAAUCGGACAACGGAUGUGAGUCUUGUAGAUUAUUCUGCUCAAUUUUGCAAACCUCCGGUCAGUACGAGGGCCAGUUGAAAAAACUAGCAGGGCAGGACAUAGCAUUUUGCAAUGUGCGUCCAGAUGCUAGAGAGCCAGGUUUCAUUGGUAUGGCUAUGUCUUGGGAUGAUUUGUGUCUUGACAUAUGUAUGGCGGGUAACUAUGAAGGUAUAAAGAGACACGUCCACGCCAAUUUACGGGUCUUGAUGAUUGAGAAUUCCAGGGCCGCUCAUCGGACAAUUGGCUCACUUCAUGAUGUUGCAGGGAACUCGCAAGAUGACAAAUGCGUGACCAAGAUAUCUUCGUGGAUGUCGCAAUGUGCAGAACACCAGAAAUGUCACCAAUUCGAGCCAGUUUCAUUGCCGGAGAGGACCAUAGAGGUCUCCUCCGAUCCAAGGGUCGCUUCAUGCAUUAUCGCUUCUGGCGGAGAAAAUGGUGCCUACAUCAUCUUAAGUCAUCAUCACUCUGCGGACUCGGCUAGUUCAAACACCAAAGAGCUGCCCAAAGCUAGCCUGCCAGACGUUUUCGAUACUGCACACUACCCAAAGGCCGUAGCUGAUGCCGCUGACAUCACUCGCAGGCUGGUAUAUCAGUACCUUUGGAUAUGGCAGCUCUGUCUGACGACCAAGGAAUCUUCCAAGAACCCAGCCAACUUCCUAGGUAUAAAUGGCAGAGCGAGUCUGAUGCUUACAGCUUCUUUAAGUUCUGAGCCCAACCUAGGCUCUUUCAUAAAGAGAUAUCCUUCGUUCUCCAGCAUUGGGAAUUACCAAAGACGGGUCUCUCAGGCCCCGUGCGCUGCACUGGAUGACGAACAUCCAGGAAUCGCCACUUUAUAG